AUGCAAUCAUCAAUCCCCUACGAUCCCAGCCUGGUUCUUGGCAGCGUCCUCAGCAAUGCCGCCCUCCAGCUGGUCAACGAAAUUUCGCGAGCUGAGGCGCCUGUCAACGCCGCCCGUGAAGAGCUAGACGCUCUGGUGGCAUCUCGAAAAAGUCUCGACAAGACCAAAUCCGAGCUCAACAAUCUCGGCAUCGAUACAUUCCCCCUUGAUGAUGAGAUCAACAACUUGAAUUCCAAGAUCGCGAGCGUCGCCACGGACUAUGCCAGGAUCAAGCUCGAGGUUGAGGCAGCCGUAAGAAACCUUCGUUCAAAAAUCCACGGCAUCGGCAGUGGCGCGGGAGUUGAAAGCCCGAUCGAUCGUCUAAAGGCACAGCCUAUAUCGGUUCCUUUGGCUGCCGAAUCCCUCAAAGUGGACGUUCAGUACUUCUCUCUAGAUACCAAUGAGCAGAACUCAAAUUCAUUUGCUAGCAGUAUUUCUUCGUUGGUGUCGGACGCGACCAGCUGGCUGGGGGCCAAGCUCUCGGCUGAAAUAAGCCAGGCUGCUGAGGCUCAGGUCCUCGACCAGGUUAAAAGACACAGUGUAGUUGGCACGUUGAUUCUGUCCGCCUCGUGUACACACAGAAAUGGAGUGAUGCUCGAGCCAUUGACGAUUGACCCUGAUAAGGGCAUCAAGGCUUGGAAUCGCCUGUUUCCUGAUGACAGAAUUGACGUUACCGGGCCAAGGGAGAUGGCUGAGUUGGCCCGCACGGCAGAUGGAAACGAGUCUAGCAACAAGUUCGGCCUCGUGUCUGGGAUGAGUCUUGGGUCAAGCUUCAUCGGCAUGGUUCACGUCUUGAGCUCGACCAACAGUGACGCUGAAACCCCCGCGGUGAAGAGUCAUGUCACCUUCCUCACCACGGGCACGAUCUCGGGGGUGACCCUCAACGAGUCAGCAUCAGAUAAGCCAGUAUUGGAGACUAUUCUGCCUGCCUUCCAGCGAGUGCAAUUGAACGAUCUAGAUGAUCGUGCCUUGGAUCCAACGCAGCUUGGGCAGGGUCUGGUGGAUUCGGCGCUGACAGAGGUCAAUAGCAGUAUCAGCAAGCUUGUCGACACCAAUUUUAUGACAGCAGCCCUUAAUGACUACCUGCGGAAGGCUUCCAGUGGUAGCUCCGGUGUGCCAUUGAGCUAUCACCUGAAAGAGAUCACCAAAGGCGACAUCGCUGAGGCAUGGGUGGCCAAAUACCAUCCCGAGACUCCAGUAUCUUAA